UUCCAGUUUCGUUCUUUUCUCUCCAUCCACGAUCAACUUACACUCUUUUGUACCCAGCUAUCUAUCAAUUCACUCACUUCAACUUCCACCUUUUUUCAAACUAUACCAAACUUUUUCACCAAAACCAACCCUCACAAACCAAAACCGUCAACAUGCAAUUCUCCGCUGCCGCCAUCUUCGCCGUCCUGGCUUCCGUCGCUGCCGCCCAGCAGGUCACCGUCACCGUCUACGAGUGCGAGACCUCCGCUGCCCCAGUUGUCCCAGUCCCAACUGCCCCGACCUACGUCAGCCAGCUUCCUCCUUCCCCAACUGCCCCAGCCGGCACUGCCGUUGGAUCUACUGGUGUUUCCACCGGCCCGCAGCCAACUGGUUCCCCCAUCUACGAGGGUGCCGCCAGCAUCAACGGUGCUUCCGCUCUGGGCAUGAUCAUUGCCGGAGGUGUUGCUCUCCUUAUCUAAAUGUCUCAUUUGGAUAUCUCAACCCUUCGUCCAUAGACUUCCCGGAUUCAGCGUGGCGUUAUAAUACAUAAUAGACUCACGACAUUCACUUCUUGACCAUAAUGAUACCCUUCGUGGCGCUUGCCAAGUGCAGUGGUUGUAGUGCUUGCUGGUUUAACAGAUUUAUAGACGGGGUCUUGUGAAAGCUUGCCCCUGGUAUGUACUUUCGAUAAAUACAGACAAUGGAAAUGAUUAAGCUGU